AUGGCAGCGGCGGAUUUAUUACCGGGGCCUCCACCCAGCUUGGCGGACUUAGGACUUGAAGCCGGGAGGAAGGAAGCCCAGAAAGCAGUCCCGGCAGGCAGCUCAGGGGCCAAGUUUCUUUCCCAAGACCAAAUUAAUGAGUACAAGGAAUGCUUCUCCCUGUAUGACAAGCAGCAGCGGGGGAAGAUAAAAGCCACGGACCUCAUAGUGGCGAUGAGGUGCCUGGGGGCCAGCCCGACACCAGGGGAGGUGCAGCGGCACCUGCAGACUCACAAGAUCGACAAAAACGGGGAGCUGGAUUUCUCCACUUUCCUGACCAUGAUGCACAUGCAAAUAAAACAAGAGGACCCAAAGAAAGAGAUUCUCCUGGCCAUGCUGAUGGCGGACAAGGAGAAGAAGGGCUACAUCAUGGCGUCGGAGCUGCGCUCCAAACUCACGAAGCUGGGGGAGAAGCUCACCCACAAGGAAGUGGAUGAUCUUUUCAGAGAAGCAAAUAUAGACACAAACGGCAAAGUGAAGUAUGAUGAAUUUAUCCAGAAGAUCGCCAUUCCUGUGCCCAACUACUGA